AUGGUCAACGUGCCAAAAGCCAGAAGAACUUUCUGUGACGGCAAGUGCCGCAAGCACACCAACCACAAGGUUACCCAAUACAAGAAGGGAAAGGAGUCCAAGUUCGCCCAAGGACGUCGUCGUUACGACAGAAAACAAUCUGGAUUCGGAGGACAAACCAAGCCAAUCUUCAGAAAGAAGGCCAAGACCACCAAGAAAAUCGUCUUGAGAAUGGAGUGCACUGAUUGCAAGCACAAGAAGCAACUCCCAAUCAAGAGAUGCAAGCACUUCGAGCUCGGAGGACAGAAGAAGUCCCGCGGACAAGUCAUCCAGUUCUAA